GUUGAAACUAAGUGAUGAAAAGCAAGGGGCUAGAGUUGAACUAAGUAUAAUAAUUCUGUGACUGAGUGCGCACAGAUUCAGUCGCAACUCGCCUGUCAGUCAGUCUUUUCACGUUGAGACGACUCUCGAACAUUCCAGAUUGCACGUGUUCAGAAGAACGACUCGACGUAACCCGUUUCUGUGUCGGAAGAUAAUGGACGAGAGAGAAGUACUCAAUGUUUUUGUUUUCCAAGGAACAAUGAUUCGCUUACGGUUUUUUUUGAUACCAAAAAGUAAGUAAAGGAAACUAGCACGAGUUGUGCUUUCGAUUUUUUCAACGAGAGACGAGAACUUGAGAUGAGAUUUUUGUGUUCGGGUAAGACGAGAUCGAGACUUGAAGAUGCGUCGGAUCUUUUUUUGAGGACAACGUAUACUACAGAUCGAUUUUGAUCGAAAUAUACUAGGACUGCAAUUAACAUCGAUUCUUAUCUUCAACUUUGAUUGACCUGUAUUGCGAAAAUUUUGUCCAUCUGAAGCCCUCACACUCAUCAAGAUUUCGAAUCUGGUCCAGAAUGUUGACUUCUUAAGCUCUUCCUACUAUACCACAUCGACAGCGAAGCGACAUUUGCGACGAAUUUGUUUUCUGUAUUUCACCUACAAGCAGCACUUCAACAAUUUCUAUUUCAUCUACACCUCCACAAUUUCAUCUGGUAGGUUUUGGAAAACAAGAUAUAGUUGGCAAGCACGAUAAAGCUCUACUCUCGGAGAAUAGCAGAUUUUAUAGCAGCGACUGCGUCCUAAACGUUUACAAACAACAGCUUUGAAGUUUUGACUAAUAGUUUUGGAAGAACUAAUAGGUUGUAAUUCAUCCAGUGGCAGCUUUCUUUUAUUUGAAGAGCAACAAAAUGCAAAUCUUUGUGAAGACUCUGACUGGGAAAACCAUCACGCUUGAUGUGGAGGCUUCCGACACCAUCGAUGCGGUCAAGGCCAAAAUCCAGGAUAAAGAGGGAAUUCCCCCAGACCAGCAGCGCUUGAUCUUUGCAGGUACUAUGAGAAAUAUGUAUAUGACACAAAAACACUCUAGAAGUAAGGAUUUUAACGAUAGUUAGGCGAGCAGAUACUACUUGUCGUUGUAGUGUGAGCUGUGAAGAAAGAGGAAGAAAUACGACGUACAGUCACAUGCGCAAUCUUGGUCAAGGUGAUUUUUCGCAUACUGAAAAAAACGAAAUGAUUGUUGAUUUCAUUAUGAUUUUAGGUAAGCAGCUCGAAGACGGCCGCACACUGUCGGACUACAAUAUCCAAAAGGAGAGCACACUGCACUUGGUGCUGCGCUUGCGUGGUGGUAUGCAGAUCUUCGUCAAAACGCUGACCGGAAAGACGAUCACGCUCGAUGUCGAGGCGUCUGACACCAUCGAUGCGGUGAAGGCCAAGAUCCAGGACAAAGAGGGAAUCCCGCCGGAUCAGCAGCGUCUGAUUUUCGCCGGCAAGCAGCUCGAAGACGGUCGUACGCUCUCGGACUACAACAUCCAGAAGGAGAGCACCCUGCAUCUGGUGCUGCGCUUGCGUGGUGGUAUGCAGAUCUUCGUCAAAACGCUCACCGGAAAGACGAUCACGCUCGAUGUCGAGGCGUCUGACACCAUCGAUGCGGUGAAGGCCAAGAUCCAGGACAAAGAAGGUAUUCCGCCAGAUCAGCAGCGUUUGAUUUUCGCCGGUAAGCAGCUGGAGGACGGUCGUACGCUAUCGGACUACAACAUCCAGAAGGAGAGCACCCUGCAUUUGGUGCUGCGCUUGCGUGGUGGUAUGCAGAUCUUCGUCAAAACGCUCACCGGAAAGACGAUCACGCUCGAUGUCGAGGCGUCUGACACCAUCGAUGCUGUGAAGGCCAAGAUCCAGGACAAAGAAGGUAUUCCGCCAGAUCAGCAGCGUUUGAUUUUCGCCGGUAAGCAGCUGGAGGACGGUCGUACGCUAUCGGACUACAACAUCCAGAAGGAGAGCACCCUGCAUUUGGUGCUGCGCUUGCGUGGUGGUAUGCAGAUCUUCGUCAAAACGCUCACCGGAAAGACGAUCACGCUCGAUGUCGAGGCGUCUGACACCAUCGAUGCUGUGAAGGCCAAGAUCCAGGACAAAGAAGGUAUUCCGCCAGAUCAGCAGCGUUUGAUUUUCGCCGGUAAGCAGCUGGAGGACGGUCGUACGCUAUCGGACUACAACAUCCAGAAGGAGAGCACCCUGCAUUUGGUGCUGCGCUUGCGUGGUGGUAUGCAGAUCUUCGUCAAAACGCUCACCGGAAAGACGAUCACGCUCGAUGUCGAGGCGUCUGACACCAUCGAUGCUGUGAAGGCCAAGAUCCAGGACAAAGAAGGUAUUCCGCCAGAUCAGCAGCGUUUGAUUUUCGCCGGUAAGCAGCUGGAGGACGGUCGUACGCUAUCGGACUACAACAUCCAGAAGGAGAGCACCCUGCAUUUGGUGCUGCGCUUGCGUGGUGGUAUGCAGAUCUUCGUCAAAACGCUCACCGGAAAGACGAUCACGCUCGAUGUCGAGGCGUCUGACACCAUCGAUGCUGUGAAGGCCAAGAUCCAGGACAAAGAAGGUAUUCCGCCAGAUCAGCAGCGUUUGAUUUUCGCCGGUAAGCAGCUGGAGGACGGUCGUACGCUAUCGGACUACAACAUCCAGAAGGAGAGCACCCUGCAUUUGGUGCUGCGCUUGCGUGGUGGCAAGUGAGAGAGGCUAUUCAGAGUGGCCGCCAGCUGUGUUUUGUUAUGGUUUCAUCCAAAAUUCUCGGCUUUUCUUGUGACGAGAUUGAGUGGUUGAAUUGCUAAACAAGUUCCGCGGUUAUCUUCCUUGAAUUCGAUUUUUCAUGAUCAAAAAAACGGGGAAGAGCAUGCCACUAUCGAGAAGUACAUCAUUGCGUCAUUUUUGAAAGAUUCAUUUGAACCAAGCAAUAAAUCUGAGGUGGUAUUCAACUGGUAGUAUUGUGCAACGCAUGAUUUUCGGGUGAGAUAUCGGGUAGCUUUGAUCACAUGAUAUUGAAAUAUCUCUACAAGAACUUAUAAGAUCUGGAAAAAUGUUGUGAGGGCUACAUCUACGUGUUUUACCGCAAGAUUUACAUGUUACCUAGGGACAUCAGCACCACCAGCAAGAACUCAUCUGUGAAAGAAUUUUUAGUGGUAAAAAUAACUACCUGAUUAUUCAAUCAGGGGAAACACGAGCAGAUCAUGUGAUCACUAGUAUAUACUUGUAAGAGAUUCUUACUGCUAGUGAACGACAUAGUUGUAAUUUUUGAGGGGAUUUAAAAAUUCGUUAUCAUAUAUUGCGAAAAAGACAGUUGUAUGAGGAUCCAACAUACUUUUUAAAAGCCGUGUGCGGGAUCUCCUCAAUCGCAAAAAGUAUGAGCGAAUAAAGAAACGAGAGCCAUCCACAGCCAUCUGCAUAUACGAUUUAAGACCUCUUUUGAAGUGGUACUACGAAUUAGAGUAUCUACAUGGAAGGACCAUCGUCCACAAGAAGAUGGAGGUCUCAGAGAGACUCUAAAGAAUAUUGGAACGACUCACGUGGAAGAAUAGUAUUGUGUUAAAGGCAAUAAAUCAUGUGUGACACGCACCAAGAGAUCGGGUUUCAAGAAAAAUUCGGGGGAGUAACUUUUUGUGAUCGACCAAACGAAGGGAUCGCUGCAGCGUCAAAGUGAGAGAAAGAUUCCAUCAGGACCCUUUCCCGAGAUGUAGGUUAGAAGGGUCGUUAUCGACGCUAUUUUUCUUACAUUCGAAAUAUAAUACGAGCACAGGUUGAAUGAACGAGCACAGGAUGGAU